AUGUCCUUCGACUUGGACAACACCGUCUUCAACCAGGCUCUAAUCUUUAUUGAGGAUGCUGUGAUCUCAUUGGGUGGCAAGGCUCUUGAUGAGUACGGUCUCCCUAAACCAGACAGAAGAAAAGCGAGCACUCCAAUUGAGAUUAUUCGAGAAACCAGCUACGACGUCAGAGAACUUGCUGAAUUCGUCGCUGAGAAUGAGCCUAAGAUGUUGGAUGACCAGAAAGCAGCAUACAGCAGAAUUAUUGACAGUGUAGAGAAAAACCGGGGGUGUCUCUUCUUCCUCGACUCUCCAGGAGGAACGGGAAAAUCGUUUGUCAUCAACCUCCUUCUAGCAGCUGUCCGACAGAACAAGCGCAUCGCGCUUGCAGUCGUUUCCUCUGGAAUUGCUGCUACUGUCCUCUCUGGUGGAAGAACUGCACACUCAGUAUUCAAACUACCCCUCAAUCUUUCCCUUGCUGAAACUCCAACCUGCAACAUCUCCAAAGGCACAGCCCUUGCUGAAGUUAUGAGCCAGUGUAGUCUCAUUGUCUGGGAUGAAUGCACCAUGUCUCACAAAGCAGCUUUCGAAGCCUUAGACAAAACUCUACAAGAUAUUCGUGGAAACAAGUGUCUCAUGGGAGGUGUGACUUUUACUAUGGCUGGAGACUUCAGGCAGACUCUUCCUGUUGUUUCUCGAGGAACACGAGCUGACGAGAUGCAAGCAUGUGUCAAAUCCUCCUAUCUAUGGCGUCAUUUUACCAAGCUCAGCUCAAUACUAACAUGA